UUUCAGUUAAAGUACAACCAUCAUCUAAUCAACUUGUCGACUUUAGUCGGAUUUCUACACUAUCACCAUGUAUUAUGUCAUGCAGUUUGCCGUGAAGUUGUUGGUGUUGGUUUCGCUGCAGAGUGCAGUCGCUAUAAAUUGGAAAAAUAAUGCCUGCCACAAUAUUUUUUCGUACUAUUUUUCGGCUAUUAGUCGUAAUUGUUACGAAAAUGACGACGUACGGCCAAACGAUCUCCCAAGUAUUUCGAAAAGACAUGGAUACGAUACUGAAACAUUUACUUUAACAACAGGCGAUGGAUAUGAGUUACAUUUGUACCGAAUGUCGUCAACAAAAUCACAAACCACAAAAAUUCCACUUUUUGUUUUACAUGGAAUAGCUGUCGAUGUAGAAUCUUGGGUCGACAUCGGCAACAGAUCUCUCGCUUUCAAUUUAGUUGACGGAGGUUAUGAUGUGUGGGUUGGAACCUUGAGGGGAACUAUAGAUUCCAGUAAACACAAGACUUUAACAGUUAACGAUCCCGAAUACUGGAAUUUUAACUUGGACACUAUUACCAACGAGGAUUUGAGGAUCCAGCUGGAAUUUGUUUCCAACGCGACUCAACAGAAAGUUGUUAUUGUGGCACAUUCGAUGGGUUGUACUUUAAGUUUCAUGUUUGGUUCGGAAUAUCCUGAUCGAGCUAACCAGUUGAUAAAGGGGUUGGUUGCACUGGCACCAGUGGUUUAUCUAGACGAUGUGCCAUUUACAACGUCUGCGUUACUUUGGGCUAUGCCAUUAAUCCAAAUUUUCAAAGCUCUCAAUAUCAAAGGUCUUCUAUAUCACGAAAAAUUGGUCCAUAGCUUUGAAACGCACGUUUGUAAGUUGUUACCAAAUCUGUGCUACUUUCUUGUAAGUACAGCGUCUGGAAAAACCAAGCAGUUUGCUCCUGAAGAUUUGCUCCUUUUUACUAGUUACUGGCCAAGUGGAGUGUCCGUCUAUCAGUUAGAACAUUUUCUGCAAAUCUCGAAAGACCACAAAUUCCAAAAAUACGAUUACGGCACGCAUAAAAAUAAGGAAAUUUAUGGUACUGAAAACCCGCCAGUCUACACUUUAACCAACGUCCAAUUUCCCGUAUCCUUGUUCUAUGGAACGCACGAUGUCUUGUUUUUGCAAAAGAAUGUUGACCGAUUAUUUAACGAACUUGGCAGUAGUCAAAAGUACAAAAUUUCUGUUCCGAGAAAUGCGGGGCCAGAAUACGGUUACUCGCACAUCGACUUCCUUUGGUCAAAAAAUCUACAUAAAUUUCUGUAUGACGACGUUUUUGAAAAAUUGGAUUUGAUUAUUAAUGGUAACUAAAGUGGUCGUUAGUGGUUCAUUAAAAGUUAGAUUUUUAAAUCAGUUUGCUCUUUAUUACUUAAAUUACCCAAGCGUAGCUACUAUUUUCAUGUUUUGGCGACGUUUCAUAGCCACUAGAGUACGAAAAAUGUGGUCUCCCGUUUUUUUUUUGAAGAUUCUAAGGGUCCCGAGGAUUCUGAAGAUUCUGAAUACUUCGAAGGUUGAAGGUUAC